AUGGAGUCGGUUUCUGAACAAGACAAAGGGUUAUACGAAGCUGCACCUAGUAAGAUCAUCCCCUCAAGACAAAUAUUUGUAAUUGAGUAUCCAGGUUAUGUAAAAAAUGUCGAUAAAGUUUUGCAAACUUUAGGUGGUGAAAAAGGUCUCAAAAAGGCCGUAAAUGAGAGUCUUAUGGAACUUCGUUUUAGACCUGAUGAUCCUUUUUGCCAUCCUAUUAAUGGAGAUGUUAUACCGACAUCGAAUCUUUUGCUUAAAGUAACUAGACGCAAGAAAAAACGUCAAAAUAAAGAUAUGAAUCGCGAGAAUGAUGAGCAAGCUAGCGUAAAGGAGGAUAUUAAAUUUGACAUUUUGGGAAUCAUAAGUAAAACUUGUCGUUUUCGAGGAAUGUCAGAUUAUCAAUGCAUCCCAAGCAUAAAGCAUCCUAUACUUGAAUAUAGAAAGGCACUCGAAUCUUUGGAUGUUGAUAAGAUAAUGGGUUUCGAAUCUAUUAUAAAUGAUAUAAAAGAAGAAAGCAAUUUGCCACCCCCUUCUUUUUCACGUGUAGAAUGUCCAAUGGAUUACGGGUAUCAACAAAAUACGGCUGUUGUCAAAGUGUUGGUUAAAAAGAACGAUGAUCAGCCUCCAUCUCUUAAACUUAUUAAUCGAAGUCGUAAGAAGAAAUUUAUAGCAAUAUCAAUUACAUAUGAGAUUGAUAAUAUCCUUUGGGAGCCGCCACCAGAAUCUCUCAAGAAUAUUGAAAGAAUACCUCAAGAAAGUAUAGAUCGAAUUCGUAAGUUAUUUGAAGAACGUCCAGUAUGGACGAGAUUCGCAUUGGAAAAUAAUUUACCUCCAAAUGAUAUAAGAAAUAUCAAAAGGCUGUUACCUUUGGUCGCGUAUUUGAUGUCAAACGGUCCAUGGCGUGAUUGUUGGAUGCGUUAUGGAUAUGACCCACGGUUAAAUAAAGAAGCAAGAUUCUAUCAGCUGCUGGACAUUAGAAGCUCUCGAAGACCUACAAAACUUGGGCGAGCGAAACGUUUGCUUCACGUACGUGAGGAAACCACAACGGAAAAUGGCAGCACAGAAAGUUACAACAUCAGUUCACGGACUUCGCAUAUCUUUGAUGGAACUUCAACGUGUCGAGAUGUUGCGGUUUUUCAAAUAUGUGACAUAACUUAUCCUUUGUUAAAAACCAUUAUUGAAUCACCUGAUUCUGUUCAAGACUUUUGUGAUGAACAUGAUGGUUUUUAUAAACGUAGUGAAUUAACAAAGAUAAGAAAGAUUAUGAGACGAAAGUUCAAGGCAUUAACUGAAGGUAAAGUAUUAAAUGACGAGAAUUUUGACGACUUAUUGAAUGCACGUGAUGAUGGAUCGGAAAAUGAUGAUGGUGGCGAAGACGGAGAAAUGAGUGAUAUUAGUGAAUCGAAAGACGAUCAAAUUAUAAGCAGGGUUGAUGAGUUAAUGCGUAAUUUGCAAACAAUGCAAGGACAAGAAGAUUUCGAACAAGGUGACGAGGGAAUGUUUUAUUCAUUUGAGGAUUUUGAUAAUUCAGAUACGUUUGAAGAGAAUGAAAGCGAUUAUAAUGAAGUUGAAGAGUAUGAUGAUUUUGAAGCUUAA